GUUUGUGUGUGUGUGUGCAUGCAUGUGCGAGCAUGUGUGUGAGCUCUAUACCUCAUUGAAACCAGCUUGCCUACAAGGAAGUCAACCCCUCUCAAUCCCCACUAGUACAGUACAGCCUCCUCCAGUCCUGCGAAGGGCUUGACACACUCAGCUCCAGUCUGCUGGCAAAAGAGCGGGAGGGAAAUCAUACAAAAAACAAGCGGAGGAACAGAAAAAAGACGGUCUUUAACAAGGCAGCCAAGGAGAAGGCACUUGGGUGGAGAAGAAAGAUUUACUUCAGGUGUGAUUCUGAGGACCAAACUCUGAUCUGAAGCCUGGGACCUCCCACUAUGGAAUACUACCUUCUUCUGAUACCCCUGCUGGGUCUGGUAAGCAGCGAACUGCCGUUUGUACAAAGAGGAUUCUGGGACUUCUCCAUGGACGACCCCUCAGUCCAAGAAGAGGAAGAGGCUUCUGGGAUCUUCCCUACUUCGAGUGGAGCUGAGGCAGAAGACAUUCCUUUCUACCCAGGCCUCUGUCCCUUUGGCUGUCAUUGUCACCUAAGGGUGGUCCAAUGCUCUGAUCUAGGUCUCAAGCAAGUGCCUAAGGAAAUCUCACCAGACACCACAUUACUAGAUCUGCAAAACAACCAUAUUACGGAGCUGCGCAAAGAUGACUUUAAAGGGCUCUUUCGCCUCUAUGCCUUGGUACUGGUGAAUAAUAAGAUCUCCAAGAUUCAUCCAAAGGCUUUUAGCCCUCUGAUUAAGCUGCAGAAACUCUACAUCUCUAAGAACAACUUGGUGGAGAUUCCUCCUAACCUGCCCAACUCCUUGGUGGAACUCCGGAUCCAUGAGAACAAAAUCAAGAAGAUCCCAAAGGCUGUGUUCAAUGGGCUCCACAACAUGAAUUGCAUUGCAGACCUCCCUGAAACCUUAACUGAGCUACAUCUGGACCACAACAAGAUCCAAGCAAUUGAAUUAGAGGACCUGAUCCGCUACUCCAAAAUCUACAGACUGGGCCUCGGACACAACAAUAUUCGCAUGAUUGAGAACGGCAGCCUUGCUUUCUUGCCUAUCCUACGCGAGUUGCACUUGGACAACAACAAACUCUCAAGAGUCCCCCCAGGAUUGCCUGACCUCAAGUUUCUGCAGGUGGUGUAUUUGCAUUCCAACAACAUUACCCAUGUUGGCGUUAACGAUUUCUGCCCUGUGGGCUUUGGGGUAAAGCGUGCCUCGUACCAUGGAAUCAGCCUUUUUGGCAACCCUGUGCCUUAUUGGGAAGUCCAACCAGCUACCUUCCGCUGUGCCACUGACCGCCUGGCUAUCCAGUUUGGCAACUACAAAAAAUAAAAAUCAAGAAUAAACGAGGGAGGGAGGGUCGGGUAGAGGGACAAGGUAAACCCAAUGGGGAAAUGAGGGGGUGGGAGUAGGGAGGGGGGAUGUGAAUCAGGUGAGUGUGAAAUGAGGGCCAUUCUGAAGAAGUGAGAGUCACCGGUAUGGUCAUGCUAACCAAAAAAAAAAAGUCAAGAAUUAUUGACUUCUAUGAGCCAGCCAAUGUCCGGGAUAGAGCAAGGGAUGGGAAGGAAGUUCAUAGAACAAAGGGAAGAGACAUAGAUGAAGAUCUUACGGUAUGGUCCAUUUAACUAGCCUACAUUAGUCCUGCAUUUGAAAUCAGCUCGUUAUGAUCUGCAAACAAGCACUUGUCUUUCUAGUUCUAACAGGUUUGAUGCUACUGCUGGCUUGUCUGGGGCAGAACAGGGUGGGAGGGGUGGGAAUUGAAGGGAUUCUGGGCUAUAGUUUUGUUUGCAUGAGGAGUCCGCUCUAUCAGACCUGCUACACCGAUAUAUUGUUGAUUUGUGAUUGACUUAUGUGCCCCCUGAAUUUAGCAGCUUGCAGUAUGGAUGCCAUUUUCUGACCGCAACCUUCAUAUAUUAUAGAAUGUGUUGGGUGAUCCAAUGAAUUCUGUUUCUGCAUUUCUUUAACUUGCAAAAUCAGCCUCUGUAUAUCUUUUUUUUAAAAAACAAAAAAAACAAAAACAAAAGAGGAAGGCACAUCUAUAUAAUGUACAUCAAUCUUAUACCAAUUAAACUAUCAUGACUCCUGCCAAAGUAUCCUAGGAAUAGAUUGGUGAGCUGGCUGCAAAACCUCAACAACUCCCAAGAUUCCUUGGGAAAAGGAAGUGAUUAAACAGACUGAAAGUUCUACUGUGACUUCUAUAUACCUAGGCCUCUAGCCACUGGCCACCUGGCUUCUAAACAGUGUGGCUGGAGAAACACCCAUUAUUCUACUCUUUAUUACAUCUUUAUUGAAAAAAAUAGACCUUGUAAAUGAUCCUACACAAUGUGUAAGUGGCCUGUCUUGAUAUCUGGAAAUGCUGGUUGUUUGAGAAGAUUAAGAAGUGAGCAAACAUAAUGUGGGAUUUUUGACUCAUCCAAUAGCAGCAAGAACAACCAAAACAUCAAUAAUCCUGUGCAAAUUCUGCUACUAAAGUCCCUAGCUUCAGCACAAAUCAAAGUAUAUUGUCCUUUGUUCAACUCAGGUUCCAAUUACCACAGCAAAUACGACAUUUCAGCAAGGCUGGGCAGAUGAUGGAAGAAACGCCACCCCUUUGGGGGGUUCUUUCUCUUAAGUAAGAGAGGCUCAGCAUGUCUCCUAUGCCAAUUAGCCAUUCCUUAUAUCGAAGAAGAAGACAAUGAGAGUAACUUGUCAUGGGUGCACAGAAGAUCCAGAAAAGUUUUCUCAGUUCACUGUCCCCAUUCUUCUCUACUCCUCCUUGUUCUGCCUUCAUUUAUUCUGGAAAAGUGAAGUGGAGGCUAGGUCCCUGUGGCCGUGUCCCCCUCAAAGUGUUUGAAUAUCAUUAGAUGUAUGCCCUAUCCCCGCAUGGUUGCUUGGUUUCCUGAGGCGUAGAGCUAAGACGCAUUUAGAAGAAGCGUUCAUUGCUGUAUGCAGAGAAUAUAAUGAGGGGUCCAGCAAGGCUGUCCUACAUUGGUAGGUCACCUGUCUUUUCCAAUUUAGUUUUCUGUCCUACAAGAAUAUUUAGAAAAAUCUGCUAUGCAGGUAAAUAAUGGAGUAACUGCAGGAGAUCCUUCGGUUGGUAACUCCGAGAAGCCUUUUGUCCAAAACUCUCAGAGGCUGAGGGUUAAUGAAGAUGUAUCAAUUGGGGUAGGCUGUUCAGCUCCAAUCUGAUUCAUUGAUCUGAGAUUUGAAUGGUUAAUUUGAUUGGCUUGGAACUGAUUCAAGGAAUUGAGUCUGCCUGAUUUUCUGAAUUGAUAGGGGGUGGGUGGGGGGAGAUUUUCACUCAUGCUCAAAAGCCAUUCCAUACAGGCAAAUCAAGUCAUCCUGACCUUUUGAUCCAAAUUGUCAAUCUGAUUUGGAAGUUAAUUUGAUUCAGAGGUCCAGGCCUACUAUUACAUAACUGAACCGUCAACGUGAAGCUUUUGCACAACUCUAUUACACAGUUAGGUGGGAAGUGGGCAGGAAAUAGAUAGCAAUGGGAUUUAUCAAAAUAGGAAAGGAUAAAAAUAAGACACUUGGGACCCAGAAAUACCUAAUGGAUCUAGACAAACAACAACAACAACAACAACAACACCCAGCUCUGCCCAGUGCCAUAGAAAUCAGUCAACCAAUGGAACAGCUUGCCUUCGUAAGUUGUGGGAGCUUCAUCACUGAAAGCUUUCAAGAAGAGACUGGACUGCCAUCUGUCAGAAAUGGUGUAGGGUCUGCUUGGGUGGCGGGGAGGGAAGGUUGGACUAGACCUACAAGGUCCCUUCCAACUCUGUUAAUCUGUAUCUGUAUUUGGAAAUGGAACCUGAAGGGCAUGAAUAAUGAAACCAGAACAAGCCGGCCCCCAAUACUAUACUGCACUUCUAUUCUUCACUCUGAUGCAGGCUUGACUUUUUGGGUAGUUGUGAUCCAGCAGACUGAGGAUGAUCAAGGAAGUAGAGAUAUUGAAGAAGCUGUGGGUGGGUGUGGGGGGAGAGAAAACUGGGAGUUGAGAUGGUAGGAUAGCACUUUUCAAUUACUUGAAGAAUAUAAAAGUGUUUUUUUUUUUUUAAAAAAAAAGCGCUAUUCCAGAUAAGGGAAUAUCGCUUGCACUUUUUCAAGCCAUUUCUAUAACCCUAUACUGAACGUGACCCAAAAACAACGUUAUCGUUUCACAGUUGUGGAAUUUUCCUUUUUUUUUCUUUUUUGCUCAAUCCCCCCUUUUUCAGUAGGUAGCAGAUCUUCAGUCCAGACAACCCAUACGCUUCAGGUCAGCUCUCAACGAUGACAAUCCCAAACCUAAUUCAGAACAUACAUCUCCCUAUCUUUAGUCUUUCAUUGUGGGUGUGGGGGGCUUUUUUUUCUCUCAAUCAGAGGCUGGGAAGAAAAAAAAAAAUACAUAUAGGAAAACCUCCAGAGAGGUUAAGAAAAGGCGAGAGACUUGUUUACCCACAAGCUUUGGGUAAAACAACUUUCAUUUCCAAGUAGAUAUCAGAUUAAGAGCAGUGCUGGAUUUAGGCAGAAGCUAAAUAAGGAACAGUUUCGGGCCCCACAAAAUUUCAGAAUGUCAGUUUUCCGAUUUUGCAAACAAGUUCAUUAUUAGCGAUAUUUUUUAAAAAUAAUUUUGUCAGCAUUUUGUAUGUAUAUUAAUGUAUCUUAAAAUUAUUUUUAAAAUUAGAUUUAAUUAUUAUUUCCAGGAUAUAUUGUAUUAUAAUCUAUGAGCAAAAAUCAAGCCAGACAAGUGAUAAAUCACUAAAUGGACUCCUUUGGAAAGGAGUAAGUACACACACACACACACACACACACACACACACACACACAAACACACCUGUUUUGGUAUGGACCUUAGCAAAACCAUUCUAUAGUAGCCUUUUAACCAGGGAUGUUCAGGGUCUCACCAAGUCUAAAUCCUGCAAUGCAAAGAGACAGAAUUUAUGAGAAGCAGAAUUACAUGCAUGCAUGAACAUAUCCUUUAUAUUUUUAUUGAAAGUUUUAACAACAAUAGUAAGAGCUAAUGCAAACUAGAAUAGAAUGAAAAAGAAGAAAGGGAAAAAUAAAAGUUAAAAGUGCUAAAAUAAAGAAAAGUGGAAGAAAACUAGAGAAAAAGAAUACAGAUAUAAAGAAAGAUAAAAAGACGUAGUUUUCAGUCUUCUUCACAACAGUUACAGCUACAAUUAUAUUUUAACUUCUCUCUCUCUCUAAAGUUACAUCAUUAUUCUCUUCUUUCUGUAAUCUAUCCUAUCACAUCAUCAAAACUAUAAAUCACAAGUUCAUUUUUACACAAAAAAAUCCAUAACGGGUUUCCAUUCGUCAAUAAAUGUACGUGUUUCCAUCUGCAUGCCUGGAGAUAUGGACUGUAACCCCAUCAGUGAAGGACCCUAUAUCAUUGCUAAGUUUUUUGUCCAGUUAAUAUUUUUUUUUAUCAACAGAUUACAUGUGUACCGGAGGUGGGGAACUAUGGCCCAUUUAUGACUUGUGGCCGGCUCAGGAAUUCUGGGAGUUGAAGUCCACAAGUUAUAAAAGGGACAUAGUUCUCCCACCCCUGGAUACAAACAACACUAAGCUGUAAAGAAAUAAUUUUGAGAAGAGGAAAUUUCCUUUUGUUCACUUCCUGCUUCUGGUCUUUGUUAUAGUUCAGAAAUGCAUGACGGAAUAAAGGGAACCUUUUCCCCCCCCCCCCAGCCUAUUUGCUUCUUCUGCAUCUUGUAGUGCCAUGCAGUGCAUGGCCGUUCAUCACAAAUGACAUUGCAUAGGCGAUCUCUAGGACUUCAUCUUUACUGCAUUAAUGUUAACGGAGCAGCUCUGCAGUGUCUUGAAUUGCAUUAUCAUAUUUUUAGACUGUCACCAAGUGGAACAAAGGCAACAGUUAACCACUCAAUACAAAAAUAAAAUCUAGUUAAAGGAAAGGAUGCAACUGUAGGGAUGAGGGAAAAUAAGAGCAAUUGCUUAGAUGUGAAUUCUUGAUUUGACCUGUAUAUUCACACAUCGUACAGAUUUCUCACAUUCUCUUGGUGAACUUUUUAGAAAAAAAGAAACUCAUGUUUCACAGUGAUGUCCAGUUCCUGCAGAGUCAUGUAGCUGAAAUCUGUCUAGCUGUGAAUUGGAUAACUAAGCCUUUGUCUUUCUGUCUGGUAGCAGGAAAUGUCUUCCUAGUUUUGUCCUUCCUCCUAUUAAAAUAAAAGUAGUAGGUUUAUGGGUUUUAUAUAAAAAAAUAUUGUGGAGCCAAGUACAAUAUUGACUCUUGUAGAAGUGUCCAAUAAAGUUAGCAGUAAUUGCCACCUUUAGCUGUUUUCGCUGGGGUUUGGUGAAUAAAAACAUCUUUUCGAUUUAGAAACUCCAGCAACAAUGCAAUUCAGCCACAGACAGGGAGACCAAAAGCAACUUUGUGCAUUAUUUUCUUUAGAUGUCUAUGUAUGCUUAGGACUUUUCAAAGUGUCCAUCUAAAAAUAUAAAGUAUGUAACUGGCAAAAGAACGUAACCUGCUGUUGAAUAUUGUAUGUGAUAUGGCCAUCUAGUUUACGACAUGCAAAUGUAUUUCUGACUGAAAUAAAAUUUUG